UAUUAAACUAGAACGAAAAAAUCGCCAAAUUUGGUCAAAAAUUACCAAAAAAAUUACCUUUUCUAAUCGUUUAUUAAAAAAAACUCAAUUAUUGUACAAAAUUUCUUAAAAAGCCAGGUAAUAAAUCACAGAAUAAUGUCAAAAAUCACAGUAUUUUUGCAAGUUUUGGAAAUUUAAACACAUUUUUAGAUCAAAAAUCAAAUUUUAUUCGAGUUUUUAUUAAACCAGGACGACAAAAUUAACAAAUUUGUUCAAAAAUGACCAAAACUUUACCUCAUUGCGCAAAAUUUCUUAAAAAGGAAGCCAAAAAAUGACAUUAUUUUUACAAUUUCUGAGGGUUUAAACAUGUUUUUAAACGAAAAAUCAGUUGUUUCGUGUUUUAAUUAAACUAGAAAUUAACUUCAACAAUUUGAAUGGGUAUGCAACCAAAUAAACAGACGCAUCCAUUUGACGCAGUCAGAAUGAAAGUCCUUCAAUUUUUGAAUGUGCCCCUCGUCUUGGCCACUCUAGACUUAAAUUUUGCCGAACUGAAAUACCUCUCCGACCACCUCCUGCCUGAAGAAUGCCGCCGUUUGGUGGCGGCCGCCCAUUUCAAAUCGUACAUGCUGCCAAACGAGUUAUGGCAAGCCGAACAAGCAUUGCCGAAAGAUGAGUCUUGUAUUGACCUCCUCCUACACUGGAACUCUGCUGUGGGUGAAGGUAGAGGGGACACCCAUGAAACUUUGGAACACAGACUUAGGCAAAUGGGGCGCUAUGACCUUGCUGACUGGUUGGGGAGAACUGUUUUUCACCAAUUGGGUGAAGAUUUAGAGAGGAGUUUGACGGAAGGUUUGGGGGAUUUGGCAAAUGAAACAACUGCAGCAGAUAAUUUUUCAAUGCCGACUCUGGUCCCAUUUGUGGAAUAUAGUGAUCCAAGUGGCGACUGGGGACCGUUUGAUACGAUCUGUUUGCUGUUGGUUGGUGCUUUGAUAAUCGCAAUUUUUGGUAUUUGUUGUUACACCCUGUAUUUGAAUAUUUGCGGCAAAUUUAAAAACAGAAAAAAGGGAAAAACGGAAUAUUAUGAUUAUGAACUGAUGGAAACCGACGUUUCACAUUCAGAUUCUGAAGACAGAUUUGAUAUUCGCCAACAUGAGACAACUAUGUAAAUAAAAAGGCAAGAAAAAAAACAACCACUUUUGUUCAGUUAACAUUUAUAUUUAAGUUAUAAAAGUAAAAGUAAUUCAAGUUCA